AUGAACAGGAAAGACAGCAAGAGGAAGUCUCACCAGGAAUGCACCGGUAAGCCAGGGGGACGGGGUCAGCCCCGCCCCGCCCGCCGCCACAAGACGUGCCCGAGCCCGCGGGAAAUCAGCAAGGUCAUGGCUUCCAUGCAUCUGGGCAUACUGAGUGAGGGUGGCUGCAGCGAGGAGGAGCUGCUGGAGCAAUGCAUCCAGAGCUUCGACUCAGCUGGCAGCCUGCGCCGCGGAGACCACGUUCUCAACAUGGCGCUGGCCAUGCACAGCUGGGUGCUGCCUUCCGCCGACCUUGCUGCCCGGCUGCUGACCUCAUAUCCUUCAGGGAAACCCAAGUACCAGAAGGCCACAGGGGACACACAGGAGCUGAGGAGGCUACAGAUCUGUCACCUGGUCAGGUACUGGCUGGCCCAGCACCCAGAGGCGCUGCACCAGGAACCCCAUCUGGAAGAGGUUAUCAGCCGUUUCUGGGCCACGGUGGCCCGGGAGGGCAACUCAGUCCAGAGGAGCCUGCGAGACUCCAACCUCCUGAGUCCUGGUGGUCCCGGCCCCCCGCCGCCCAUGAACAGCCCAGGCUUCAGCAAAAAGCGCAAAGUAUCCUUGCUCUUCGACCACCUGGAGACCGGGGAGCUGGCCCAGCACCUCACCUACCUGGAGUUCCGCUCCUUCCAGGCCAUCAUGCCCCAGGACCUGCGGGACUACGUUUUGCAGGGCUCCGUGCGGGGCUGCCCGGCCCUGGAGGGGUCCGUGGCUUUCAGCAACAGCGUGUCCCGCUGGGUGCAGGUCAUGGUGCUGAGCCGCCCCGGGCCCGCGCAGCGCGCACAGGUGCUGGACAAGUUCAUCCAGGUGGCACAGAGGCUCCGCCAGCUGCAGAACUUCAACACCCUGAUGGCAGUCACGGGGGGCCUGUGUCACAGCGCCAUCUCCAGACUCAAGGACUCCCACGCCCACUUAAGCCCGGACAGCACCAAGGCCCUGCUGGAGCUGACCGAGCUCCUCUCCUCCCGCAACAAUUACGCCCAUUACCGCCGCACCUGGGUCGACUGCCGAGGCUUCCGGCUGCCCAUACUGGGUGUGCACCUCAAGGACCUGGUGUCCCUGCACGAGGCGCAGCCCGACAGGUUGCCUGACGGCCGUCUGCACCUGCACAAACUGAACAGCCUCUACCUGCGGCUGCAAGAGCUGGCAGCCCUCCAGGGGCAGUGUCCGCCCUACAGUGCCAACGAGGACCUUUUGCACCUGCUCACGCUUUCCCUGGAUCUCUUCUACACGGAAGACGAGAUCUACGAGCUUUCUUAUGCCCGGGAGCCCCGCUGUCCCAAGAAUCUGCCACCCUCCCCCUUCAAAGCACCCCUGGUGGUGGAGUGGGCCCCUGGUGUGAUGCCCAAGCCAGACAGGGCCACUCUGGGACGGCACGUGGAGCAGCUGGUGGAGUCUGUGUUCAAGAACUAUGACCCCGAAGGCCGAGGAGCCAUCUCUCAGGAGGACUUUGAGCGGCUCUCGGGCAACUUCCCCUUCGCCUGCCAUGGCCUGCACCCACCUCCCUGCCAAGGGAGCGGCUCCUUCAGCAGAGAGGAGCUGACCGGGUACCUGCUCCGGGCCAGCGCCAUCUGCGCCAAGCUGGGCCUGGCCUUCCUGCACACCUUCCAUGAGGUCACCUUCCGCAGGCCCACCUUCUGUGACAGCUGCAGUGGCUUCCUCUGGGGUGUCAUCAAGCAAGGCUACCGCUGUCGGGACUGCGGGCUGUGUUGCCACAAACACUGCAGGGACCAAGUGAAAGUGGAGUGCAAGAAGAGGCCAGGAGCCAAGGGCGAUGUGGGGCCCCCAGGGGCCCCUGUCCCACCCACCUCAGUCCCUCACGCCAGCUGUGGUUCAGAGGAAAAUCUCUCCUACACACUUUCCCUGGAAGCCGAGACUGGGUGCCACUUUCGCCACGCCUGGACCCAGACGGAGUCCCCACACCCGUCCUGGGACCCAGAGACGGGGCCAUUCGCUUGCCUGCUGGCUGCCAGCCCGGGCGAGGCACUGCCCCCAGACAGCUCGGCCCCCUGCAACCCCGUCUUCCUCCUUCCAGGGUACGACCCCGCCAGCCACCCCAUCACCCAAGCCGGAUCCCUAGAUGAUGCCGCCGGAGUCCCCACCGUCCGGCCUCCUCCCUACGCUGCCUUUGAUGAAGGGUCCGUCACCUCUCAUCCCAAAGACAGCUCCUUCCUCCCUUCCUUCGUCACAGUGGCUGUUCCCCAAGCUGCCUUUGCCCGUGCGGCCCCGUGCCGGGCACGCGCACACUCGGGCAGCGUCUCCCCGGCUCUCCGUUUCACAGACGCGGAGGCCGAGGCCGCUGCCCCAGAUGGGCAGAGCUCCCGAGGGUUGGAGGCAGCACUCAGACUCAGGCCCUCCGACCGCCUCCAAACCAGACGCUCCAGAUGA